GCUGCUGUAUAUAUACAGCUCACAGCUCAGGCCCCAUCAGCUCCCUGGAAUCACACAGACACAGACCCAUCUGGAAGAGAGAGGUAAACAGUAGACAACAUGAACAAAACGCUCAUCAUCGCCGUCAUGGUGACACUCCUUGCUCUCAGUGCUGAGAGCUUCCGUAUGCCCAGGCAGGCAGUGGAGGAAGAGGCAGGGUCCCUGACCAAGAUCACAGACACCAUCAAGUCCUACUAUGACGGCUCUGUUAACACCGCCUCGGGUUACAUUGACAACAUCAGAGGCAUGAAGCUGGAGGAGAAAGUCAAGAACAUCUACGAAGACACCACUCUGGUGGUCAGCACGUACCUCGGCAUCAUGCAGGACCAGAUGUACUUCAUCCUGUACCCACAGCAGUAACAGCCUUGCGGUCUGUUACCUCCACAAUCAUCCUCUUUAACAACCACGUCGUAUGCUGAUGAACACAGACCAGUGUCUGCUCCAUCAGGGCCUUCUCACCAAACAUGCUCCUCUUGAGCUGAACAGCUAACCCCCAGACACACUGAACACAACCAAUGAUUAGUCCAAUUGUAACGGCGCUGGGACACAAUGGGACCAACACGGGACAUAAACCAAAGGAAAAGCAACCGACAGACAGCAACAACAACACGCUCAAAUGACAAAGAGUUUAAGGAAGUUAUUCUAAAUGCUGUCCCAAUAGAGACAGCUGGUGGAUGUAUGUCAGUUUCACUCAGAUCUCAAGCCUGUGUUGAUGAAAUUUAAAUAUUUAUGUUGCUUAUCUUACAAAUAAAAUAUUUAUAGAAAACA